AUGUCCGUCACCACAACUGCCACUAUUGCUUCCUUCGGUGGAAAGCUGCUCAAACUGAGCCAUGCCGCCGCCACCACAAAAUGCGAGAUGAAAUUCAACCUCUACUUGCCCCCGCAGGCCCAGACGCAGAAGGUCCCUGUGCUGAUUUAUCUCUCCGGUCUGACCUGCACUGCCGAGAACUGCUCCGAAAAGGGCUUCUUCCAGCACGGCGCUAGCAAGAAGGGCAUUGCCGUGCUCUACCCCGAUACCAGCCCUCGCGGCCUGAACAUCCAAGGCGAGGACGAUGCUUACGACUUUGGCACCGGUGCCGGCUUCUAUGUCGACGCCACUAAGGCGCCGUACAACGCCGGCUAUAACAUGUACAGCUACGUCACCGAAGAACUGCCCAAGACUGUCUUCGAUGCUUUCCCCCAGCUGGACGCCAGCCGCGUGAGUAUCACCGGCCACAGCAUGGGUGGACACGGUGCCCUCACUCUGUUCCUUCGCAACCCGGGCAAGUACAAGUCCGUCUCUGCCUUUGCGCCUAUCACAAACCCCACGAACUGCCCGUGGGGACAGAAGGCCUUCAAGGGCUACUUCGGUGAUGACCAGCAGGACAAGUGGAAGGAGCACGAUGCCACUGAGCUGAUUAAGAAGUGGACCGGAGGUCCCUUGGACAUUCUGAUUGAUGUCGGCACUGGCGACAACUUCUACAAGCAGGGUCAACUCCUGCCCGAGAACUUUGAGGCUGCGGCCCGGGAUGCAGGCAUCAAGGGCCUGAAUGUCCGCUACCAGCCUGACUAUGACCACUCCUACUAUACCAUGUCUUCCUUUGCGGAUGACCACGUCGAGCACGCGGCCAAGUAUCUCUUUGCAUAG